AUAAUAAUAAUCAUUUAAGUAACUCAGAAGUACCUCAGGAUUUGAACACUGUAGGAGGACCUUAUGAAAGGGAAGCAGUAGGAGGAAAUGAGUGUUUUGUAAAUGAUAAGUUCUUAAAGGAUAGUAACCUGGAAAGUAAUAAAUUUACAAUGGAACAAUCUGUUGAGGAACAAGAUAAUUGCCUCCACGCAGUAUCAGAUAAUUCUAAGAAUCAUUUGCAUAGAAAAAUUAAACCACGGUCACCUGGAGUUGACUUUAAGGAUUCAGAAGAAGCACACAGUAUGAACAUUCCCCAAGAUUUAGAAGCAAAACUUGCUGAAGUACAGAAGCAAAAAUUACCAGACUCCAGCUUGAAGAAGAUGCACAAUGACCAUCCCAACUGCAUUAAUGAAAUCAAAGAAAAGAAAUCUGAAGCCUUUUUUUUGAGAGAAGAAAAAUCCAUAACAAAGGAUGAAGACAAUGUGUCAUCUACAGUUGCAGAAGUGGGUAAAAAGAAAAACUCAAAGAAAUCGGAGAGAGAGCUAUGUAAUAAGAAGACACCAGGAAAAGACAACUCUUAUAUGAGUAAAGACCAGCAUGGUUCAUCAUCUGAGAGUGAAGAUGAAGCACUGGGUAAAUAUCAUGAGGCCUUGUCUAGAACCCAGAGUUCCAGGCUGCCAGUGGUGGAUGGCAGACAGCCAAAAAACUAUAUAUGGGAAACCAGACAAAAAUAUAGUCCCCUGUCUGCAGAAUAUGAUGGAUACAGUAGUGAAGCCUCAAUAGAUGAAGCGAACUGCAUUCAGAGGAUGAGGAGAACACCUCCGCUAGAUGAACUGCAGCCACCUCCAUACCAGGAUGAUAGUGGAUCUCCUCAUCUUUCAUGUACGCCUUCUGAAGUUGGAGACAGUAAAUGUGAAUUUUCCCAGUGUAGCAACAGUCCAAGAUGUUCAUAUAAGUGCCCAAGUGAAGGAAGCACGGGACAUGAAAUAGAAAGCUUUCAUAACAAAGGAUAUGAAGAGGAUGUACCAAGUGAUAGCACAGCUGUGCUUAGUCCAGAGGAUAUGUCAGCUCGAGGAUCAUCUUCACAGCUUCCUAAACCUUUUGAUCCUGAGCCAGUAGCUAAAUAUGGCACACUGGAUGUGACUUUUGACUAUGACUCACAGGAACAGAAGCUUUUGGUGACAGUGACAGCUGUCACAGACAUUCCCACAUACAGCAGGACAGGUGGAAGCUCGUGGCAAGUACACCUAGUUCUUCUCCCUAUAAAGAAGCAGAAAGCAAAAACCAGCAUCCAGCGGGGACCGUGCCCUGUCUUCACAGAGACAUUCAAAUUUAAUCAUGUUGAGUCUGAGAUGAUUGGGAAUUACGCAGUUCGCUUUAGACUGUACAGUGUACGUCGCAUGAAAAAAGAGAGGAUUGUGGGAGAAAAGAUUUUUUACUUAACAAAGUUGAAUCUUCAAGGGAAGAUGUCAGUGCCAGUGAUACUGGAACCUUCUUACAGUCUGUCUGGUUGUGACUCUCAAAUGAGCAUGUCAGAAGUGUCUUGCAGUGAAAGUACCUCCUCUUGUCAGUCUCUGGUACAUGGCUCAGCUCCAGAAAUCCUCGUUGGCCUCCUUUAUAACGCAACAACUGGAAGAUUAUCAGCAGAAGUGAUAAAAGGCAGCCACUUCAAAAACUUGGCAGCGAACAGACCACCCAACGGACUGUUCUGUUGUCUAAAACACUUGAUAGGUGGACAGGUUUAUAUAAUCCGAGAUACAUAUGUUAAGUUAACACUGCUGAACUCGAUGGGGCAAGAGAUGUCCAAAUGCAAAACUUCGAUCCGCCGAGGACAGCCAAAUCCAGUAUACAAAGAAACCUUCGUUUUCCAAGUGGCACUGUUUCAGCUUUCAGAUGUGACACUCAUACUGUCUGUAUAUAAUAAGCGCAGCAUGAAACGAAAAGAGAUGAUAGGGUGGAUUUCCUUAGGUCUCAACAGUUCAGGAGAAGAUGAACUCAAUCACUGGACUGAAAUGAAAGAAUCUAAAGGACAGCAAGUAUGUAGAUGGCAUACUUUACUAGAAUCAUAAUGGACAAUACAAAGUGCAGUUGUGGUUUUAAGGGAGUUUGGUCUCUCAAGAAGAUGAUCAUCCCCCAUCAAAAUCAACAGAUUUGUUGCGGAAGUAAAAAAUGAAAACUGAGGUCAACAUUCCAUCGUAAAGAAUGCACAACAUGCAAAAUGGUGGGAUUUAAUAUAUAAUCUUCGCUUAGUGUCAGACACUUCCUCAGUGUCAGAGAAGCCUUGCUGUACACAGAUACGUUAGCACUCCCUCCCCCAUCCACCUGAUGCUGUAUUUGUUUGAGUUCAUUUUGUGGUUUUCAAUUCAGAAACAUUUUAUGUAAGGUUCUCCAAAUCAAUGUAAGCUCCUCCUUGUGUACUUUUUGGAUUGCUCUAAUACUGUAGCUUCUGACCCACCUGCAUUCAGAUUAAAGGUCAAUAAUUUGCACUUUCAGAAAAGUUAAUGAUCUGUACAGCAAAAGAAAAGAAAAAACCCCACCAGUGGAGAACACUUAGUGAUACAGCAAAUAUGAAUAUAUUGUUUUACAUUGAGUUUCUUUCCAGAAAUUUAGUGCAAGUAAGUUUUCAUUUUUUGAUAUGCAGUUGGUUUGAAAAAUAUUAGCAUUUGGGCAUCAGGUGAACUUUGACAUCAAACUAAUGUUUCUUCAAUCUGUGACAGGAACGAGCUCUAUAUAUGGCAUAAAUUGGGUUUUUCCUUCUUGCCUGUACUUCUGCCUAAUCCAAAGAGACCAGAUCAUUAGUUUGGUCCCUUCCAAAUCUCCUUAGACAGGUUGUACUGUAAAACUGUGUAACUUUCUGUUGAAAGCACUUCCUGUAUUCAUGUAUUCCAAUGUAGGAAGCUCAUAGAGCACGACUUUACUAAAAUAUAUUUUCAUUAAACAAAUCAAUAUGAAUUUCUUUAAAAUGUCAACAGUUGGAAGUUAGGUUGAAAGACUGUGAAGGAAGUGGCAACAGUUGAGCUACUCUGAAUGAAUGCAAAAUACUGUGGCUUUAGUUGAAAUAGGUAUCCAUUUGAGUCUCUUCCGAGCUGUUUUAGGGGCUACCAUAUGCUGUUCGUUGGAAGUAGGGAGCAGACCAGGAGUUUUUACAUUUCUUCUUGGAGAAGAGAACAUCAGUAAGUUAUUUUUCUAGUGGUUUGCCAGCAAUUGAGUGAAUGUUCACAUGCAAAAUUGAAGUUUGCUUUGCUUAUGUUCGAGUUGGGAAAUACAGCUUUCUAAUGACAGAGUUGAGAAGCUGCAGUAUCACUAGAAAGUUUGUCAUCAGAUAAACACUCAUGGCUUCCACUGAAAUUAGGCAAAUAUCAGUGCUUCUGAGAUUCCUAUUUGUCCCAGAUACUUUAACCAGAAUCACACUAAUUUACUGACUGCUGAAUCUGAUUCGUAUUACUGAAAUUGUGGAUUAUUGAGUAAAGAUAUUUUUUAAAAGCUUCCCAAUUGAAAUAUUCUUUUUGCCUGUAAUUAUAAGUUUCAUUUACUUUUAAUUAUCACUAUAUGGAAUGCAAGUGAUUUUUUUGUAAAUGAUGGUGGUGUCUUACUAAUAUGGGACUUCAUUGACUGGUGGGUAGAAGACUGAAGUUUUGGAAUUUGUUGAGAGAAUUAGUGGUGGCCUAGAGUGUUCUCAUUUGGACAAAUGUUUUUCUCUUGAUUUUUUUUAUAAUACCUUUGAACAAUCCUGGCUUUAGCAUACAGACAGUCAAGUACAGUGAGGUUGGAGACAGUGAAUAUGAUAUAAUAAAGAUAUUUCACAUGGUUCUCAAAUUCUCACACUACUUAACAAUUUCAUUAAGUCAUUUUUAAAGGAUACUGUAAUUCUAUUUCUUGGUUUAUUUGGUGCCUUUUGAGGGGUUUAUUUGCAGAGCUUGGCUUUCAGUUUUUGUCGAUAUAAAGAUUUAAAACAUUAUUACCGACUUUUUUUUUUUCCUGGUAUUAUGCUGCUGCUUCAUUUACAGAAGCUUUAUUUACUAAAUACGUAUAAUGCAAAAACUUUCUUUAAACAGGAAUGGUCUUGGAGUAAUACAAUACAAGUUAUCUUUUCCAGUCCUUUUUGUUGCUCAGUCUGUGAAAUGUAAUGUUGAGUGUAGAAUUUAAUAAAAAAAUCAACAUUAAUUUUAUAUACAUAAGGCAAAUGCUCAGAU